AUGCCGCCGCCGUCAGCGCCGCCACCGUCAGCGCCGCCACCGUCAGCGCCGCCACCGUCAGCGCCGCCACCGUCAGCACCGUCACCGUCAGCGUCGCCACCGUCAUUGCCGCCACCGUCAGCACCGCCACCGUUAGUGCCGCCACCGUCAGCGCCGCCACCGUCAGCACCGCCACCGUCAUUGCCGCCACCGUCAUUGCCGCCACCAUCAGCACCGCCACCGUCAGCACUGCCACCGUCAUUGCCGCCACCGUCAGCACCGCCACCGUUAGUGCCGUCACCGUCAGCGCCGCCAGCGUCAGCACCGCCACCGUCAGCGUCGCCACCGUCAUUGCCGCCACCGUCAUUGCCACCACCGUCAGCACCCCCACCGUUAGUGCCGCCACCGUCAGCGCCGCCACCGUCAGCGCCGCCACCGUCAGCACCGCCACCGUCAGCGCCGCCACCGUCAGCGACGCCACCGUCAGCGCCGCCACCGUCAGCGCCGCCACCGUCAUUGCCGCCACCGUCAGCGCCGCUACCGUUAGCGCCGCUACCGUCAGCGCCGCCACCGUCAUUGCCGCCACCGUCAGCGCCUCCACCGUCAUUGCCUCCACCGUCCCCGUCGUCACCGUCGCCUCCGCCGCCGUCGCCGUCGCCAGAGUCUCUUCUCACCCUCUCCACCUCUUUCUUCUCCUCCUCUCCUCCACCCCGCUUCUCAUCCACCCUUCUUGCUCUCCACUUGUUUUACUCCCCCAUUAUAUUCUGCUUUUCAACAAAGACUUUUUUACAUCUCACCGUCUCUCCUCGUCGCCAUCAUCUUCCGCCUCCUCGUCCUCCUCCUGCUGCACCGUCACAUCCUCUUUAUGAUUCAUACCCUUCAAUCAACAGGUAA